UAAUACAAAGAGGACUUGCAUGAAAGACCAAGCUUAUUGGCUAUUGUCUUCUUACAUUACACUUGUACUCAUUUAUCAUUCUCUCUCUCUCUCUCUCUCUCUCUCUGGUACUGGAGCGUUGUACACGAAGUAAACUGUUGGUGUAAGGUGUUAGAUUCAACAAUAAUUAAGAAGAAGUGGGGGAUUUGAUCAUUUUGGAAGUUAACUAUGGCUAUGCAAACCAUAUAUUUCAAAGAACAUGAAGGACUUGUCCCUAACACCAUAGGCCACUUGUCCUCAAUUUCAUCUCUACCUUGGUGGAGUGCCUAUGGAUCUCAGUCAGUUUUUGGAGACUCUUGUGGUCAACUGAAACCUUUAUCCAUGGAAAAACCAGGCACCGGUGAACUACUCUUUUCCACCAAGCAUGAAGGAAGAGCCACUGAUUUUGGACCAGAUAAAGGGAACACAAAUCAGUUCACUAUUUCCCCUGGAGAUGGACAAAAGUCUCAGGGAACCAUUUCUUUGCAACCAUCUGUGCCAGAAUAUCAUGCUCGUUUCGAGCUGGGAUUCGGUCAGCCUGUGGUUUGUGCAAAAUAUCCAUACAUGGAUCAAUUCUGUGGGCUCCUCUCUUAUGGACAUCAGCUAUCGGGGCGUAUUAUGCUACCUCUGAACAUCACUGCAGAUGAUGGACCAAUCUAUGUCAAUGCUAAGCAAUACCAUGGAAUCAUCAGGCGUCGACAGUCUCGUGCCAAGGCAGCAGUGCUGGAGAGUAAGCCGCCUAAAGCUCGAAAGCCAUAUAUGCACGAAUCUCGCCAUCUCCAUGCUAUGCGGCGUCCAAGGGGUUGUGGUGGCCGUUUCUUGAACACAAGGAUUCAGAAGAAUGAGAAAGGUGCAAGUCCUGUGGCAAUGAAACGCAGGAAUGGACAGCAGCUGUCUAGGAGUUCCCGGUCUCAGAGCUCGGAUGUUCUGCACUCAGACAGUGGAACACUAAACUCAUCAAAGGAAGCAAACAACAGCAGUGGUUCAAAUCUCUCAGGAUCAGAGGUGACCAGUGUCUACUCCAGGGUAGAACUUGAGCACUUCCAGCUCAAUCUUCUUGGCUCUCCUUUCCAUUCUGUCUCGGAAAUGUUGGAAACUUCUCGUGGCAUCGUCAUGCCAACCACAUGGAUUGCAGCCGCUGAUCAUAGCCGCUGCAACCUCAAUGUUUGACAACAAGAGAAAAAUGGGGUUUGAUGCUGACGAAGCAUACAUACCCCAUUUCUUGUUUGCAGCCAUAAUGGAAAAACCUGUUGCCAGCAGUUUCCUUGUUAUGGUUUCUGCAACACAGGUUUUCGGGUCUGAGGAUGGCCUCCCCACCCAUUUGGCUGCUUCUGAAAACGGCAACUCAUUCUUGGCUCAUGUUGACUUCCACUCGGAGUUGACAUAAAUUACUUAGUAAACUAUAUACUAUAUAAAAUAGUAUAAAUAUUGAUUUGAAUAAAAUGGUGACUGGUGACAAAGGCUGCGGUUUGUGAUUGUGACUAAGGAAGAGAACAAUAUCAAUGUUGUGAUUGGUGUUUUGUAAGAUUAUGUUUUAGACUGAUGUAAUAAUUCAAAACUUUGUGGUGUGGUGUGGUGUUGUAUUAUACUAAUAAUGUCUAUGAAGUACGUUCUGUUUUA